GGUUCAACCAUGACAGCAAAAAUAGGCUCGCUCUCUCUCAGUGUAGCUCGCCGUUAACGCUCCCUAACUUGAAGGCAGGAGUGGGGUGGGGGGCGGAAAUAAACCACUAAUUUGGGCCAGGCCACGGAGCAAGCUCGCCGGCCACCGAGUACCCGAUGUGCCUCAGCUAAACGAUUGAGCUGUUAGCCGCCACUAGCUCUGACACAACCGACGGCGAGCAUUGCUCGAUAGCUAGCCGGAGGAAAAGGUGGAUGGUCGCGGCGACGGCGGUGGCGGUGGAGGAGGUGGUGGAGGGGAGCGCCUCGGAUAAAAUCCCAACAGAUGCUAAGCAAAAAGACAUUUUUUUUUAACGUGAAAAAACCCCCAAACAAAACCCGGGGCCGCCAUGUUCGUCCAGGAGGAGAAGAUGUUUCCGGGCAAAGUGUUGAAGAUUCACAUCUGUGCCGUGGACGGCGCCGAAUGGCUGGAGGAGAUCACGGAAGACAGUACGGUGGAGAAACUCAAGGAGAAGUGCUUGAAACAUUGUGUGCAUGGAAACUUGGACGACCCCAAGACGCUGACCCACCACAAGCUCAUACACGCUGCUACAGAGCGAGUGCUCAGUGACACCAAAACGGUGGCGGAUGAAAGCCUCAAAGAUAAAGACGUUCUGCUGCUCAUAAAGAAAAGGCCGCCGCCGACCCCUCCCAAAAUGUCGGAGGUAUGCGCAGAAGAAAAGAAAAAACAGGACAACAAGGCCCCGGACAAGGACGCCAUCUUGAAGGCCACUGCCAACCUCAGCACCCGCCACACGGACCGCACUGUCGCGCAGCACAAUAUCAGAGACUUUCAGACUGAGCUCCGAAAAAUCCUGGUGUCCCUCAUUGAAGUGGCCCAGAAGCUUCUGGCCUUGAACCCUGAUGCCGUGGAGCUUUUUAAAAAGGCCAAUGACAUGUUAGACGAGGACGAGGAAGAUCGCGUGGACAACGCGGCCCUCCAGCAGCUCACCGAGAUGGGCUUCCCUGAGAACAGAGCAAUCAAAGCCCUCAGACUCAACCACAUGUCGGUGACUCAGGCCAUGGAAUGGUUGAUCGAGCAUGUUGACGACCCCUCCGUGGACACGCUGCUGCACAGUCAAGAUUCUUCUGUUGCUGCCACAGGAGCCGCCACUAACGCUAACUCCGCUGCCACAGCCGGCCCGUCAGCUUCGGGCUCCUCCAGAACAUCCAUCGUGCUCGUCCGCAUUGCGACGCAGCUGUCCGGCACGGAGGAGAGCAACAGCAGACAAGAUGAGCUUACGGAGAUUUUCAAGAGGAUUCGCAGGAAAAGGGAGUUCAGGCCUGACUCGAGAGCUGUGUUUGCUCUCAUGGAGAUGGGCUUUGAGGAAAAGCAGGUGAUUGAUGCCCUCAAAGUCAACAACAACCAGCAAGAUGCAGCGUGCGAGUGGCUGCUGGGAGACAAAAAGCCUUCUGCAGAGGACCUGGACAAAGGCAUCGACACCAACAGUCCGCUCUUCCAGGCCAUCCUGGAGAACCCCGUCGUCCAGUUGGGUUUAACCAACCCCAAGACUCUACUCGCAUUCGAGGACAUGCUGGAGAACCCCCUGAACAGCACCCAGUGGAUGAAUGACCCCGAGACGGGCCCUGUCAUGCUCCAGAUAUCCAGAAUCUUCCAGACCCUUAAUCGCACAUAGAGGCGAACCACCACCCUACACGUGUGAAUGUGGCAGCUGUGUGCAUAUAUGUGUGAGAGAUGAGUAAUGUUAAUGCCAGAGGAGUUGUACCUAUACAGUAAAUAUUUAUAACAGUACAGUUAAAGUAUACGAAAAACAUUAUUAUUACUACAGCGACGAUACAAAGUUCUAUUUACUAGGUCGUUUUUACAUUUUAACAAGCGCAAUUUCUAGUUAUUUUACAAUAUUGUUUUUGUCACAAUCAAACACACGAGCACAUUCAAUGUUGACACCAUGUUUGGCACAAUAUGUAUUGUUGCAUUAGUUUUUUAAAUUUUAAUUUAUUUGGAUUUUCGCCUUUUUAAACCUGUUAUGGGUCAAAUUUACAAAAGUGUAUUAGGGCCACGCUGAAAAGCAAAAGCAAACAUUUAUUUAGAAUUGAAGUUGUAUGAUUAUGAGAAUAAAUUUGGAUAUUUCCCUGAAAAGAAGUUGUAAUCAUAUGAGGAAGUUUUAUAUUUUCAAGAUAAAUUAGUAUUUUCAAGAAAAUGUAAUUUUUAGGAAAUAAGUACAAUUCAGAUUAAAGUAGAACCAAAUACACCCAAAAAAAAGUUAGUUAAAUUUGACACAUUACAGAAAAGUGUUAUUCAACAAGCUGGACAAUGAAUGAAUGAACAAAAAUAAAAAAUGGCAAAGUAUGUGAAUUGGGGCUUCCAAAUGGGCAAGAAUCUGCUAUUUGUGGAAUGUCACGUGACCAAAGCGGAACGCAGGAUGGCUGACUUCCUGUGUAUGCUAUGCUAACGAGCAUAACUAGGUUUGGUGACUAGGCUGGUGUCUUCGGGCAAACGUUAAAUACAUGUAUAUCCUUUAUUUAUACAACUAUGACACAUGUAAGCAUGAACAAAGCCUAAAUACAGAAUAAAGUCGUACAGUUGUA